AUGGACAUUAUCAAAGACAUCAAAACAUCUCAGGUGUGGACAUUAAUGGCUGAUGAGACCACAGAUCGCGCCAAUCGAGAGCAAAUGACGAUUGUCGUCCGCUACCUGGGAAAGAAGCAGGAUGGAGAGGGGCUGAUCGUGAAAGAGGACCCUGUCGGUGUUAUGGAUGCUUUCCCAGAGAUCCGCAGCGCAGUUGGAAUAUCAAAAGCUGAGGAAGAAGUUCGCAUGACAGGAAGUAAUAUUGCAGCAGUACUUGUGAAGAAGACGAGCGAGCUUGCCUUAGAUACCAACACUUUAGUCGCCCAGUGCUACGAUGGUGCUGCGGCAAUGAGCAGUCAGCGAGUUGGAGUUGUCGCCAACAUCAAAGACGUAGCACCGAUGGCCGACUACUAUCAUUGCGCCAUGCAUGGGCUCAAUUUGGCAACAUCAAGAGUAGUGGCAGUACCGGUCAUCAGAAAUGCCCAAGACAUCAUGUCAUCAACAAUUACCUUUGUCACUGAUGGAGCUAAACGUGAAGACCUGCUCACGAAAAUUGUGGCUACAAAAGGCGCCAAGGGAAAGCUUAUUAAGUUGUGCACGUUGCUGUAG